UAGCCACCUCAGUUUAUUUGGGUGGAGAACCGAGGUCACUUGUUCCCAAGCACAAGCUCCUCAAGCAAAAGACGCAGACAAAAAAUGCAGCCUUUCUUAUCUUUGUUGCCAUUGAUUGUGUGUUUGCAUCAGAUUCCAGGAGUAGGUGCUGAUGCUUCUUCUGUCUGUGGUCCUUGCAAUAAGGAAAUAUGUAGCCCUGUGACUUGUGUGGCCCCAGAGCUGCUCACCAAAGACGAGUGUAACUGCUGUGAGCAAUGCCUCGGCGUUGAAGGAGAAGUUUGCGGAGGGCGAGAUGAGAUGCGGGCUCGCUGUGCCCCUAGGAUGGUCUGUGUCAGCAGGUCCAGCUCUGGCAGUGAUUCAUCCUCAUCUGAGGGUACAGGGGUCUGCGUCUGUGAAGAAGAUGGUGCUGUGUGUGGCUCAGAUGGGAGAACUUAUUCCAGUGUGUGCACCCUCCACCUGCAUAGCUGGAAGUCCCAACACUCUGGCGCAGGUUCUGUUCACAAGGUGCAUGAUGGAGAAUGCACAUUUGCUCCCAUCAUUAUUGUGACACCCCAGAAGAUUCACAAUGUAACAGGAGCCCAGGUUUAUCUAUCAUGCGAGGUCAAGGCGGUCCCAACUCCCAGCAUCUCGUGGAGAAAGGUCACAGAGUCACCUAAAGGAAUAAAAAUUUUUGAGGAGCUCCCUGGAGACAGAGUGAAUGUUGCAGUCCAAGUCCGUGGUGGUCCUUCCCGUCAUGAAAGCACUGGCUGGGUGCUGAUAAACCCACUAAUGAAAGAAGAUGAGGGCACAUACCAGUGUCAUGCAACUAACAUGGUUGGAGAAGCUUUUGCUGAUGGAACAAUCAAAGUCAGUGCGCAUAGCUCUCGCAGGUCCAGAAAGAGCCAUCGUAGCAGUUCGGAGAGCAAGGUCUAAUGAGGGGCACAGAAGAAGCAUGGACUACUUUUGUAUUGGCUUUUUAAUUGUGUAAAAAGAGAAGUAGAACAUUUUUUUAUAUUAGUGUAUUUUGUAAACAAUCAAAACGGACAAAGCUGUUACUUAGUAAUGUUUUCAGGCUGCAAAGAAGGUCGAUUUGAUGGGAUGCAAGAAGCACUCAGUUUGUUAAAAUAAAUAAAAGACUAACAUUGUGGGUGAUUUUCUAUACUAAAGUUAAAACGCAAGUUG